AUGGUAAACAAAUUACUGAUUACUAUCCAACAUAAAGCAGGAACGUAUACAUUUAAACUGGUCUUUGAUCAAUCUACACAAGUGGUGAAUGAGACAAUUGUAUUCCAGGAAACCAACCAAUUAAUGAGAGAGAAAGUGGGAGACAAAAUGUCAAAACUGGCAGAUCUCAGUUUAGAGGAAUUGAGUUCUCUUCCAGAGCAGAAGGAUUGGCGUGAUGAUAAUUAUGUUACAGCCGUGAAGGACCAGGGCCAGUGUGCAUCGUGCUGGGCCUUUUCUGCAGCUGCAACGAUGGAAGGACAACUGUCCAAUACAACCAACGACCUCCUCUCACUCAGUGAGCAAAACCUUGUGGAUUGUGCAAAAAGCUAUCAGAAUCAAGGAUGCAAUGCUGGAUGGGUGCAUCGUGCUUUGGAGUACAUUCGUGACAAUGGAAUUGAAACUCGUGGAACAUACCCCUACGUAGCAAAGAAGCAAGCUUGCACAUUUGAUUCAGCAAAUUCUGUUGGAACACUGUCCCGUUACGUUGAUAUUAAGAAUCUGGAAGAGACAGAAAUAAUGGAGAUAGUGGCAAAACACGGACCAGUGGCUGUACAUGUUUACAUGAGUGAUGCAUUCUUGAAUUAUAAAGAUGACAGCAUUUUUGAUGAUACUAACUACAAUGGUGAAAUACCUAACCAUGCUGUGACAAUAGUGGGCUACGUGAAUAAGGUUAAUGAAAAAUAUUGGAUCAUUAAAAACAGUUUUGGAACCAGCUGGGGUCACAAUGGCUACAUGAAGAUGAUUAUGUUCAAGAACAUGUUAAGAGUAACCGACAGAGUCUUCUAUCCAAUAAUCUAACAAUAUGUGCCUCAAAAAGAUACAGUCAACGUGUUGAGGAAGCAGCUUCUGGAAAAACUCUAAGAUUUUACUGUUUUGAGGGUAGUGCUUUAAGGGGUUGUGGAAUAAAUCUUUUCUGUAGCUAAGUAUGAUUUCCUGGUGACUCUGUACCAUUGAAGUUGAAAAACA